UAUAAGUUAAUGAGGGAGGCGUGGCCUGCGGGCCUUAGAGGCUACGUCAUAAAGACGUUGGGUAACGUUACAGCCAAUCGUAGCGCGCGAGAAAAAAGAACUCGGGACGAACCGGAAGUGGGCUGAACGGUUUGUUUCUCCGACAUUUUUCACAUCGCAUCGCAACACAUCUCUCUCUCUCUCUCUCGCCCCCUCCCUCCUUCUCUCCCUCCUUCUCGCGCUGCGGACACAACCGUCGCCUUUUCUCGAUGGACGGCCUCGCGGAGAGGACGCAUUCCGGAAGUUAACGCGCAGUAUGUGAAGGAGGUGUAACGAUGUGCUCCACCGGAACCAACGCGGAGCAGACAGCGGCCGACCCGGCUCUGGUGCUGGAGCUGAAGACCCGGCGGCCGCCGUCCCUGGAGGGCCGCGCGGGCUGCGAGACGUGGAGCGUGGACUUCUCCCCGGACGGCGCGUGGUUCGCCUGGUCCAUGGGCCACGGCAUCGUGUGGGUGGUCGCCUGGCCGCUGGACUCCGAAGACAGCCAGGACGGAGACACCGACCGCGGAGACAAGAGCUUCAGCUGUGGUCACCCGGUGUGGGGCCUCGCCUUCGGACCCAGACCCCCAAAACUCGCCGCGGGGGCGCCGGCGGCUCCGAAACCCCCGAAAGGCACCACCAGCCUGCUGCUGGCCACGGGCCUGGAGAACGGGGUGAUCAAGAUCUGGAACGUGUUAACGGGCGACGCUGUGUUUGACCUCCACGGCCACGAGGGCGUCGUCAGGGACCUCGUGUUCCCCCAGAACGGGACCCUCACACUCAUAUCCACCUCCAGGGACAAGACGCUGAGGAUCUGGGACCUGGCUCAGAAAGGUAAGAAGGUCCAGGUGCUCUCCGGCCAUAAGGACUGGAUCAGCUGCUGCUGCGUGUCGUCUGACUGCAGCAUGAUCGCAUCCGUCGGCAGAUUUGACCGAAUGGUGUGUCUGUGGAGCCUGCGGUCCUACACGUUCAUCAGGAACCUGGCGGGGGGGAUCCACAAGACCCUGUACCUGCUCUCGUCCUGCGACUUCUCCCCCGACGGGGCGCUGCUCGCCACGGCGGCCUUCAGCGGCUCCAGCUGGUGGGUCGACCUCUGGGACCCGUACACGGCGGAGAAGCUGGCCACGUUCGUGGACUACUUUGAAGAUUACGGUCAGAACCAGAUCUCGGCGAUCCAGUUCUCCCCCAACGGUUUGCACCUGGCGAUGGUGACGGACGACCGAGCUCUGCGGGUCUGGGAGCCGGGCCAGAAGGGGAUGGAGAUGCAGACCAAGGUGGACCGGGACGCCAACGGACUCUGCUGCAAAUACCACCCCAAGGGGGGCGUGGUCGCCACGGGAACCAGGGAUGGCCAUGUGAGGUUCUGGCGGGCUCCCCAGACGGUGCCCAGCCUGAGCCACCUGUGCCGCUCCAUCCUGCGCCACUCGGUGUCCACGCACCAGAUGGAGCCCCUCCCCCUCCCCAAGAGGAUCCUCCAGUACCUGACCUACAGGAACAUCGCCGACCGCCUCAACACCUGCUGCCACGAGGAGGAGGACUGGGAGGCGUGAGGAACAGCAACGUCUCAUCAUACCGUACAACACAAACCUCAUUGGUUUGCCCGUAGAGCAGUCUUCACAUCUUUACCUUCAUAUCAUUUUAGAUGCAUUUCCUUUAAGGAGUUCCUUCUUUGCACUAUUGUAAGAUGAUAUAAUAAUAUAAUGUUCACGUGCUUAUCCGACUUGAAUAUCACAAUUUUAUACUAUUAAUUUAUUGUGUAAAUAUCAACUGUAUACAUGUUUCUAAUUUGUGUUUAGCAUGAAUACAUCCUACUACUGCACAUAUUAAUGUUAAUAGAAAAGAUAACAAACUGGAAAUAUAGGAAAUAGUUUUAUUAAACAUUCAAAACACG